UUCUUCUGCAUAAUGAAGCCCGAGAGAGAAUCAUUUUCAACCAGUGAAGUAUACGCUGUUGGAGAUUGGGAUAAACUAAAGCUGCUUAUGUGGAAGAAUUGGAUUCUUCAGUGGAACCAAAAAAUACAAAUUGUAUUUGCCCUGGUCCUGCCAGUUUUGUUUCUUUGUCUUAUUCUAGUUCUUCGCAUAAUUGUUUUGCCCGAAAAGAAGGAUGAGAUCCGCUACCCAACCGUAUCUAUAUCGGACCUGAACCUUUAUAUGAGGAUGGUACCACUUGGAAAUAGGAUAUUGCACGAGAAUGGAUCAGUUAAUAUACCUCGAAACUUCAUUUGCUAUACUCCAAAUAACCCUAUCAAUAGUGCCAUCGUGGGUGCCACUGCGAUAAGACUACGACUUCUGGGCAUUAGACCCUAUGACACCGCUCUGCACAUGGAACAGGAUAUGAUAUUGCACAACUUCUUGGCAGGAGUUCAGUUUGAAGAGAGCGAGAACGUGAAAACCAAUGAUGCAGGGUAUCCACUUAAUCUCAAUUACACGCUGCGAUUUCCCAGUGAGCUGCGAACCAUGAAAGGCCCAAUCAUAGAAACCUGGCGUACUUCCCGUUUAUUUCUGUCCUACGACACAAGUGGAUCCCGUAAUAGAUUGGAGAACGAUGGAGGAGUUCCGGUCGGAUAUAUAAGGGAGGGCUUUCUGCCAGUCCAGCAUGCCCUAACCAUGUCCUGGCUGGCAUUGGCAUCGGGAGUUACGGAUAAUGCUAUGCCAGCCAUACACCUUCAGCGCUUUCCCUAUAGGGCCUAUACCUAUGACCAAUUGCUGAGUGGCCUGCGUCAACUAUUGCCCUUCGUAAUCCUGCUGAGCUUCAUCUAUCCCGCCUCGACUGUGACCAAGUAUGUGACCAGCGAAAAGGAACUUCAGCUCAAGGAGAUAAUGAAAUUGAUCGGAGUUCACAACUGGCUUCAUUGGGUAGCGUGGUUCGUCAAGAGUUACAUAAUGCUCAUGCUGGUGGUAUUUCUUAUCAUGAGCCUGAUAAUGGUGAAGUUUUACGCUUCCGUAGCCGUACUUCCAUUUUCCAGCUGGGUUCCGGUUCUAUUAUUUCUACACACCUAUGUUGUUACUAGCGUAUGUCUAUGCUUUAUGCUAGCCGUUUUAUUUUCAAAAGCCACUACAGCCUCGGCAGUGGCUGCCAUUUUCUGGUUUCUCACCUAUAUACCCUAUUCUUUUGGCUACUAUUAUUACGAACGUCUUAGCCUCAUGAGUAAGCUGCUCAUAUCGCUGAUAUUUUCGAACUCGGCCUUGGGAUUUGGCAUCCACGUCAUAGUAAUGUGGGAAGGAACCGGAGAGGGAAUCACUUGGACGAAUAUGUUUCACCCCGUCUCAACAGAUGAUAGUCUUACGCUGUUUUAUAUAAUCAUGACAAUGAGUUUGGGAUCAAUAAUAUUCUUAUCUAUUUGCCUGUAUGUGGAGCAGGUGUUCCCUAGAGAAUACGGUGUACCCCGCAGGUGGAACUUCUUGUGCCACAAAAACUAUUGGCGACAAUACGUGCCAAGUUUGAAUAUUGUUCCCAGUUUCCAAACCAUCCUACAUGGAUCCGCAAAGGCAAGGAGCUGUCGACGUCCAAGGGAGGUGGGAAUUCAUUUGGUUAACCUGCAAAAAACCUAUGGCGAACUAAAAGCGGUCAAGGGUAUAAGUUUAAAGAUGUAUCGUAACGAAAUAACCGUGUUACUCGGCCACAAUGGUGCUGGUAAAACCACAACGAUCAAUAUGAUAACUGGUAUAGUUAAGCCCACAAGUGGAACGGCCAUAGUAAACGGGUAUGAUAUACGAACCCAUCUGGCAAAAGCUCGUGAAUCUUUAGGAAUUUGCCCUCAGAAUAAUAUACUCUUUAAAGAAAUGAGCGUACGGGAUCAUAUUAUAUUCUUUAGUAAGCUGAAAGGAAUUCGAGGUGCCAAGGCUGUGGAAAAUGAGGUGGGUAAGUAUGUGACCAUGCUGAAAUUGCAGGAUAAAUCAUAUGUGGCUGCCAAAAAGCUAUCUGGUGGCAUGCAGCGUAAGUUGUCCCUAUGUUGUGCUCUAUGUGGAAAUGCCAAGGUGGUUCUAUGUGAUGAGCCCAGUUCUGGAAUCGAUGCAGCCGGUCGCAGGAGUCUUUGGGAUCUAUUGCAAAGCGAAAAAGACGGACGCACCAUACUGUUAACCACUCACUAUAUGGAUGAAGCUGAUGUCCUGGGCGAUCGCAUAGCUAUCCUAUCUGAAGGGAAACUCCAGUGCCACGGCACCUCCUUUUAUUUGAAGAAGAGAUUUGGCACUGGUUACCUAUUGGUAUGUAUAAUGCAGAGUGGCUGUGAUGUUGGAGCCGUAACCCAGUUGAUACGAAAGUACGUUCCUCCCAUUAAACCGGAGCGCGUGUUGGGCACUGAGCUAACCUAUCGCCUGCCCAACGAGUACUCAAAGAAGUUUGCAGAAUUACUACAGGACUUGGAUGAUAAGUGUGCCCAACUGCAGCUGGUGGGUUACGGCUUGAGCGGAGCCACUUUGGAAGAUGUUUUUAUGGCAGUCAAUACCGAUAAAAGGGUUCAAGGUGGAGCAGAAGUGCCUCCGGCAGACGGAAGUACUGAUUUCAAAGAACUAGUUUUUGAUAGCAAAACGAGAGAGAACAGACGUUUCCGCCGUUGUUUUAUGUUUUGGCAGGCUCUCUUUCUUAAAAAGUUCUAUACCACCACUAGGAAUUACUGGCUGCUGGGUAUUCAGCUGAUCCUGCCCAUAGCAGUCAUGGCUCUGACAAUUCUGAACUCACGAGGUGGUAGGAUUUACUACGAACUACCUGCUAUGCCCAUAUCUAUCAAUCAGUAUGGUUCCGCCUAUGUUGUACUGGAGGAUAAUACAACUGAUAAAUCUUCGUCCUUGGCCGAUGCUUACUCAAAACACUUGGAGCACUACGGCAGAAGGUGCACGUUGCUAAACACUGGCGAUCUGAAGUUUGAGGACUACAUACUAAGUCAUAACGUAAAUCAAAGUCGGCGUAUUGAUUUCCAUUUCCUAGCAGGACUCACUGUAUCGGAUAAAAAUUUAACCGUGUGGCUAAACAACAAGCCCCUGCACACGGCUCCUUUGACGCUCAAUUUAUUGCACAACGCCCUGGCUAUUAAAUUGCUCGGCCAGGAUGCUUCUACUUACGUAACUAAUGAGCCUUUGCCAUAUAGCGAUGAUACAAGAACUUUGAGACUGAAUAAGGGACAAGUGUUGGGCGCUGAGAUAUCUAUAAAUUUAUCCCUAACCAUGUGCUUCAUCACAGCCUUCUAUGCGAUUCCCAUCAUAAGAGAACGAGAAACUCGAGCCAAACUCUUGCAAUUCUUGAGUGGAGUUGAUGUGUGUGCCUACUGGACAAGUCACAUUGUUUGGGAUUACCUAGUAUUUGUUCUCUCGGCGUUAUCUUCCAUACUCACCAUUGCCGCAUUCAAGGAGAUUGGCUACAUAACACCACUAGAUCUAAGUCGGUACUUCUAUAUGCUGCUGGUAUUUGGAUUUCCGGGUAUUAUGCUAAGUUAUGCUGCAUCAGGAUGCUUCUCCGAUGCGGCCACAGGGUUUACUCGCAUAUCCAUUAUUAAUGUCUUAAUGGGAACUGGGCUCUUUUUGAUGUUCAUGACCCUGAAUUUUGAGGCCUUUCAGCUGAAGCAUGUGGCCGAACAACUAGCCUGGUACUUUCGAUUAUCUCCACACUACAGCUUGGCCAGCUCCACUCACAGCAUCCACAUAGGAUAUAAUAUUCGACGCGGCUGCAGUAUGAGUGGCAUCAGACAGUUACCAAAACAACUGCGCUGCCGAAAUAUUCCCAUUUGCUGUGAUAUUCCAAGCUACUAUGGCUGGCGAAAGCCUGGUGUUUUGGCAGAAAUCACAUAUAUGAUUAUGCUUGGAUCUACAUUAUUUUUGCUAUUAGUUAUUUACGACGCCAAGAUAUGCAAUCUUAUUGUCGAAAAAUUGGCCAAUUGUUUUUCGAAGCGAAAACAUGUUGAAGGAGGAACGUCUGUCGAAAACGAUAAUGUAGUAGCGGAACAACGUGUAGUCCGAGAAAUGAUAAACUCAGGACGAAAAGAUGUACCUCUUUUGGUCUACAAAAUAAGCAAACGCUAUAGAACCAAACUUGCAGUUAAGGCCAUUUCGUUUCAUGUGCCCCAUGCCGAAUGUUUCGGACUUCUGGGUAUCAAUGGAGCUGGUAAGACCUCAACCUUUAAGAUGCUAGCUGGGGAUGAGAAAAUAACCUCUGGCGAAGCCUAUAUAGAUGGCAUCAAUAUAUCAACUCAUAAGGUUUAUCGGAAAAUCGGUUAUUGUCCCCAGUUUGAUGCAUUGUUCGAGGACUUAACUGGUCGCGAAACCUUAAAUAUUUAUUGUCUUUUGCGAGGAGUGCGACGCCGACAUGUAAAGCCCAUAUGUUGGGGACUGGCCAUAUCCUUCGGAUUCGCCAAGCACAUGGAUAAGCAAACGAAGCAUUACAGUGGUGGAAAUAGGCGAAAGUUGAGCACCGCCAUAUCGGUACUUGGAAAUCCAUCGGUCUUAUAUCUGGAUGAGCCCACCAGUGGCAUGGAUCCUGCCGCAAGACGACAACUAUGGCAAAUAAUAGGCCUGAUUCGAACUGCUGGAAAAUCCAUUGUUCUGACCUCGCACAGUAUGGAUGAGUGCGAGGCUCUGUGCAGCCGAUUGGCCAUAAUGGUCGAUGGCGAAUUCAUGUGCUUAGGAUCGGUGCAAAGCUUAAAGAAUCAGUACUCGAAGGGCCUGAUCCUUAAAGUUAAGGUCAAACACAAAAAGAAAACUUUUCAACGGGUUGUGGAAGAUUCAUCUUCCUCAAAUGACAAAAAAUCCGUUUCAGAAACUGACUUUAAGUUUCUUCAAAGGGCUUCUGUUAUGGAAAGUUCUCAAACAGAUCGAAUUUUAAAGGUGAAUCGAUUUAUAUUAAAAGAGAUUCCUGACGCAGAACUCAAAGAUGAAUAUAAUGGACUGAUUACAUACUAUAUACCACACGCAAAAACAUUGUCGAAAAUAUUUCAACUCCUUGAAACUAACUCACAUAGGCUGAAUAUUGAAGAUUACCUAAUUAUGCAAACACGGCUGGAGGAAAUCUUUUUGGAUUUUGCGUCAAAACGACAUAGUUCAGAUAUCUUUACUAAACGGAAACGUUGGUGUUGCUAAAUAAUUUGUUGCGUUGUAAAUUCAAAUACAUUUUAUACAUUUUUCAUAAUUGGACGUGUUUUGAUUAUUAGAAGCCCCUAAGCUAUCUUCUUCAUUUGCCUGUCUGUGAAAACAUUCCUCAAUGCCAUGUGUACUAAUUGCCG